AUGAAAGGCCUAAAGCAACUUCAAGAACCCAUUGUAAAGAUCAAUGCAUAUCACCCCAACCCAAAAGCAAAGCAUCUUAGUGCAGAAGAUAUGGGUGGCUUAGAACCAACUGUAUAUUUAGCCAAAAAAGCUAGAGUUACGUUAACAAGAAACCCUUGGACUACCACAGGACCUUGCAAUGGAACAAUGGGGACUGUAAAGGACAUAAUCUUUGCUCAAAAUCAAAGGCCACCCAUGCUACCAGUUGCUGUUAUUGUACAGUUUGAUAAGGACAAUUACAUAAAUCCAAGCUUUUGUGAAAAUAUGCCAAAUUGUCACUUACAAAUCAUUCAACUCUAUUUAAUAGAUGGCUAUUUCUGCCAGCUAAGCCCCACAAAGAGGGAUAAUUAUGCCAGUGCGAGCCCCACAAAGAGAGCUAAGUAUGGGAUCCCUGAAUCCCCAACUUCAACACCUUUGUCAAGCUCAACAACAAGUCUUUUCUCUAUUUUUGAAAACAGAAAUAAAUCUUCUUUAAAUAGAGAUUCAUCUAUAAAAUAUUGCACAUUAAAUUUUUGUACUGAAUUUUGCUACAUUUUCAGAAAUAUUUUUUCUUUAACAGAUUUUACUGGAUACAUACAAGAAGUUCAAGAAGUGCAGGAAAGUAAAAGUACCAAAAACUUGUACUUUGACAUACAACUGCAAACUGAAAGAGAUAAAACCCAAUUUGUAAGAGUCAUGGUACAAAGAAGAGAGUCAUCCAAACGUCAAUUUUUUCUAAAUAAGUUGCAAACCCAGCAGCCAAUAACACUGUCCAACCUCCAAGUAACACCAAGCAACAUGGUAUUUCUAAACAAGGGUACAGCUAUUCAAGAUGCACCUCCACAUUCUGUUCAGUUUCCAUUCCAACCACUGGCACCAAUGACAGCAACAUCUGUAGAUACAAUCCUCAAGAACCACAACUCUUGAAAUUUCACUGUCUCUGGUUGCAUUAAAUGGCUUGGAGAACUACUGAAACCAGAACACGCAACCAAAAUGGUAAGAGGAGCUGAAUUAACAGACCCUUCUGGAACUAUAAAUUUAUCAGUCUGGGAUAGCCACAUCCAACAGAUUGAAGACAAAUAGUUCUACACUGUGACCAACUCCAAGCUCAAGCAGUAUUUUGGAAAACACUUUGCCACCACAGUCAACACCGCAGUUACCAAAGCAAAAGAGCAGGACAUCUCAAAUGUUGAGCAAUCACAGAACAAACAAAACUGGGUGUGCUGUCCAGAAAUCAAGAAUGUUUAUCCAACAGUGUAUCCAGUGUACAACAACAAAGACUGUCGCAAAAAUUAGUGAAAAUCCUGGGUCAAACAUUGUUCGUUGUCUACAUUGCAACAGAAUAACGCUUCUGGAGAACUGUUAUAUUGAGAUGAAUAUAAAUUUUCAUCUGGAAAACCAAAAGCACCACUUUUCCGUGACAGCAUUUCCCAAAAUCGUGGGGAACUUCCUUCAAGAGGACAUCUUGGAAUACAAAGACAAUAUUGAUGAUCUUACUGAGAAAUUGUUGUUGCUGGAAAAUGUAGAUUUUCAGCUUUCUUCAAAUAACUAACUUGUUAUAGAUAUGAAAACCCAUACCACUUCACAGGAAAAGCGAACAGCUAACUGUCUGGUAAAAACAGUUAGACAGACAAUAAUUUAAUAUGUAAGAAUGUUUUAACUUGACCCGUGAAAUAGUUUCUACACUAUAAGUUAGUAUUACACACUGACUUCAUUGUUAUCUUUUGUUUACUUUUGACUAUGAUGCACUAGCAGUUAUAUAUUGUUUCACAAGCCAAGUAAAAUCACUCUUAUCACAACCCUUUCUAGUGGUAUUUUCAUGAAAGCUUGAUAAUUAUUGUUGUUAUAUAUUACUAACCUGGAAAAAGAAAGGAUUGUUGCUAAAGGAACCACCAUGCUAUUUUAACACAAAAUCUUGUAAGAAAGAAAAUAGGAAAACAACAUUGCAUGGUUUGGCUGUUUUAAGGAUAAAUAGAUUGUAGGUCAUUAUAUUUUCUACCAAUACAUUGUUGCAAGUUUGCUUAUUGUUGUUUUAAUGGUUACUGGUGAUGUUUUUCCCAAAAAUUACACAAAUUUAUUCAACAGAAUAUUAAUUGCAUAGUUGUAAUAGAUUCAUAUUGCCUGAUUUAUGGAUAAAUAGAUAGCAGAUAAUUAUAAUUUCUACCAAUACAUUGUUGCAAGUUUGGUUGUUGUUGUUUUAAUGGUUAUUGAAGAUGUUUGUUCCCAAAAUUACACAAAUUUAUUGACAUGCAUAUAAAAGAAGUUCCUGUUACACAGAAUAUUAACUGCAUAGUUGUAAUAGAUUCAUAUGGUUUGUGGAUAAAUAGAUUGCAGAUAAUUAGAUUUUCUACCAAUACAUUGUGGCAAGUUUGGUUGUUGUUGUUGUAAUGGUUAUUGGUGAUGUUUUUUCCCGAAAAAUUUCACAAAUUUAUUGACAUACAAAAUUUUCCAGUUACACAAAUAUUAAUUGCAUAAUUGUAAUAGAGUUACAUUGUUGCAAGUUUGGUUAUUGUUGUAAUGGUUUCUGGUGACCUGUUUUCUUUUUUUUCCAAAAUUACAUGAGUUUAAUAACAUACAAUAUGUUGGUGUUACACAGAAUAUUAAUACAAUACUGAAUGACUGUACAUUAUCAAAUUUACAGAUAAAUAUGUUGACUACUUAAAUGUGAAAUUCAAUAAAAUGCUUGACACGUUAAUUUUUCAACAGUCGUAUGCACAGUAUUUAUAUUCAAUACACAUCCCAUAAACAAAUUAUCAAAAGUGGGUGCAGCUUUAGUGAACACUAUUUCUAGUCGUAAGGAGUAGAGAAAAUGUGGACUACCUUUCUUGUAUGGAGCCCCACAAUCUGUUAACGCAACUGCGCUGAAAGCAGCUCUUUCUGAUUUUGGGAGAGUGAAAUAGUGCAAGGUAAUAAAAUCUGUGUACCAUAUUUGUUGGGACUGUAAAAUGGUGGGAAAAAAUUUCUUUUCACAGUAUCUAAUGCAAGGCUAGACCAUGAAACAUCACGUUUCUGAUUGCCUCCAUGUGCAAACAAACCAGUAAGAAAAGGUUUCUGCUUAGCAUAGCAAUUAGUUUUCACAAAAUGGCACGCUUAAGAGGCACUUUUUCUUGUUUUCAAAUGUUUUUCCUUAGUGAAGCCCCAGGCAUUGAUCAACACGGCAACAAUGAGCAGUAUCACACAUUAAAAAGCCCUGUGUCACCAAUGUUUCCACAGCAACCAUGGGUAACAUCGACCAAGCCAAUCAACUUUGUUACUUUAUUUCACUAGUUAUUUUUCAUGAAAAUGGUAUAGGUACAACUUUUAGUUUUUAUUUAAUCUUUUAGUGUGUUAUGGGUAUAUUCUCAAAUCCACUCACCAUGCUAGCCACAAGAAAGAGAAGUGACUGAGAAUCAGACUCAGGCUUGAUCUGACAAAACAACUGAUCAAUGGUUUCACCCAAAGGAAAAAAGUAACCAAAGGACUCAAGAAAACUUUGUCAUCCUGGGCUCAUAAAGAACUUGUCUCUAUUCAUUUGAGGGAACAAAAGAAAAUGUGUGCAGUCUAAUAAGUCAGGCAAAGAACACAGAAAGGAUACAAGAUCUACAUACACUCCACUCUACCAAACAUGUCACAAUAAUUACCAAACCCAAGCAUUGAGAAUCCCUUAUUUUGUUCACAUGAAAAUAAAAAAAAAAUUAACACCAGUUACUUUUAUUUAGUUAUUAGACAUGCUAACAGAGUUACUGUGUAUCAUGACCUUUUAAGGUAAUGUUACACGAGCUGACGUUUAAUGCUGAGUUUCAACACAACAUUGUUGUGUUCAAAGUUGUCUUGUGUAACAUGGCACACAGGGUGAUUUUUAACAUAACAUUUUGGAAGUUUAUGAUGAACAUGUGGUUUGUUGCCGAUCCCAAAGUUGAGCCUAAUAAGCCCAGAAGUACAAUUUCACCAGACAAAAAUACUGCCGACAGUAUUGCUGAGCAGACAUGAAAACCAUCAUGAUCCAAGACAAGGGGAAGUAUGGCUGAAGAUGAUAAGAAUGCUAAACAUGCACAAAUGUAUGAGGCAGCCAUUAAUUUUAUGUAAAAACCUGGCCCCAAACUACCAACAACAAACAAAGACAUGUUUGGCCAGAUGUUGCCAGUCAACUAAAACUGCUGAAUGCCAAAACAAAGCUUCACAUUAAGGUACAGAUCAACAAUCUUUUUUUUAAUGAACAAAUGAAACUUAAACAAACUGAAAAUGUACCACUGCAUAAUCAGCAGUACAAGUUGUCAAAUUUUUGAGGGCCACGAUCCAAGCUGGAUUAUACUACUUUAUGGUAAUUAACCAUGGGCACCAUAGAUACAGCUUUGGCAAAUGUUCCCCUACUCAUCAGUUGCUCUAUUCAAAUUAAAUGUCUCAUUUUGUAUUUUGGGAGGAAAAAUUGUUGAUCAUCAUUGUUAAAUUUUAGAGUUGUGAGAGUUAUUAGCCAAAUGUAAGACAGUAUUUCCUGUAUCCAGGUCCCUCUCUCUUUUAAACCUCCCCUUGCUAUAACAUCCCCAUCCUUUCAAAAUAAAAUAUUUAAUACAGCCGUGACAUUCACACCUCAAACACCAUUGUCAGCAUCUGUUAUGUAAAAUACAUGGGAGCUUGAGUUGACAGUCUGUGAAAGUCAAUCAACUAUAUCAUGACAUUAUGACUUGGAGAUUUUCUCUGUUUCUACCAACUCCCUAGCUAGCAAUACCUAAAAUCAAGCUUAUUUUGAACAUCAAUAAUGAACAACAAAGUAUAAUAUAACAUUGUGAAUAUUUGACACACACACAUACAAAUGUAUGUUUUAAAAUGCUGCUCUUGAGUGGCUGGAUAUAUGUCUAGUUAAUGUGCCAGCCUUCCUGAUACUAUUUGGUCUUUUCUGUACACUGUACAUGGUACACUGUACACUACUGGUACUUAAAGAAAUUGAACAUUUUCAUUGCAAAAACAAAAUAUAUGGAACAGAUAUGUACCAUAUUCUUGUGUAUAAAAAGUUAAUAUAAAGACUCAGAAAGCAGUGAAAUUUCCUUUUUUGUGACUUAAAAAUCUCGUUUGACAUUUGUGAUGCAAGAUAUUAUUUACCUCAAACAUGUAGUAAAUACAUUGUGCACUUUUUGACAGUUGUAAGCCCAAAACCUCAUGUAAAGACUUUCAGUUUGAUCACUGCUGUUACAUCACAAUGUUUCAUCAUAUGGGAUGUGUAAAGCAGAGUAAAAUAAUUUUUCAAUAUUCAAAAUGGGGUAAAUUCUUAACCAACAAUGCAUGCUGCCAUCCCCAGCUUACUGCAAUCUCAAGGUUGAAGUAGCUGCAAAACUCCUCCCUCACUGUCUUUGCAUUGGUGGAGUAGUUUUG